CAAAACUGAGUGGACGUCUUCAUUGAUCCUUGUUAUAAAGUUCGUUGACAGUCCAUGUCGUUUUGACAUUGGCGGAACGUGUGGCGGGAAUUUUGAUGUUUGUGACAUUUGGACUUUGUGUUUGACGUGCGUUUAAGUUUUAAAUUUUUUUAUUACAUUAUUCUUUUAUUAAAAAUGUUAUGUUAGUUUAGUAUAAUAAUCGCCAUGUCGCUUAGAAUGUUAUACAUAUUAGCUGUAUGCCCUGUGAUACUUGUAUCUGCAGUGCUUACUUUGACCAUCGACUCGCAACUUGGAACCUCUGUUGAAGAUUGCUUCGAGCGUAUCUCAAUAGGUGAACAGUUGCCACGCGACGCCAUCUAUCGAAACAUCUCGGAACUAACAACUAAAGAAUGUGAACAAAUCUGCAAGCAAGACAAACAAUGCCAAUCUUACGACUAUGGGAUUGGAGCGAAAGGCAAUGCUACGUGUAACCUCAGCACGUUAAGCGAAAAAGAAAUAAAAGAUAAAAGUGUUCUUCGACGAAAUCCUGACUAUGACGUUUAUAUUCGAAGAUUUCAAUGUGAACAGUCACCACCGACUCCAAUACAAGCUGAAUUUGAUGAUCCUGAUGGGUUACUACAUCGACCAACAUUUAAACCAGCCAGUGAUCCUAAAAAGCCUUUAUCGGACGAAGUGUUAGAUGAUUUAGGGUCUUACAGUACUGACACGAAAAAACCAGCAUACAAUAAUGAAAGACCCGAUGAUUACGAUAAUUCAAAACCAGACUACGAUAGUCCGCCAAGUUAUGGAAUGCACAAACCUCAAGGUGUUCCGUAUCCAAUGGAGAAUCCACAAAAUAAUAUGUCAAAUACAAGACCUGAUCCAUAUGACGUGCUGCAAUUUCAAGACCAGUACGGAAGACCACGACCUCAAACUUGGAGACCAGAGGAAAUGUAUGGCCACAGACCGGACGAUUAUGGUCCUGACCCGUAUAGACCUGAAAUACCACAGUAUCAAUACAUAAUUAGACCAAACAGAAGACCACAGAAUGAUAAUGGUUAUGGAAAUAAACCUGAUUACACUGGUAGACCUGACUCUUAUGGACAAAGUAUUCCUUCUACACUUGACAGACCUUACAAACCAACAAAACCCAGUAAUGCCUACCCCUCAAGACCAAAUGACAAGCCAAAUUAUAGUUAUAACAGUCAAUAUGCUAGCAAUUAUGGUAGCCAGUAUCAUGAUAAUUCUAUUUACUUAGAAAUAUAUGAUCCACCUCGAACGUAUAAGCCACCAAUUAAACCAAAUAGACCAGGGUAUGGUGUCAAUCAAGGAGACUAUGAAUACGGACAUCUUGGAUAUGGUUAUGACACAUUUUCUAGUCAAAAUUCAUAUUCACAUUCACAAAAUAGUCAGUCGCAGUAUUAUGGAUCAGGUGUUAUUACCCAAGGUAACAAUUAUCGACCUGAUCCAGAAUAUUCCAGCAAACCCACUAAACCGUAUGACAUACAAGACGGUGGCUAUGGUUCCCAAUCUUCAACUAAUCAUAAUAAUGGUGGCUAUGGAUUACAAUCAACAUCAAAACCUAAACCUAACAAAAAACCAAGUUACGGUGGUGGUUACGGUUCACAAGGUGCCACAGACAAUUAUGGCAGUUCUGGCUAUGGUUCUGGAGGCAGCGGCUAUUACAGUAGUAGCCAGUCAUUUGUCGGCAGCGAGAAUUAUGAAAGUAGUAGUCAAAGCUAUUACGGCAGCCACGUACAAAAUGAAAAACCUCAUAAUAAUCACGAAUACGGAGGUAAUAGCCAAAGUAGUCAGGGACCUUACGGUGGAAGUAGUCAAACAUCAAACAAAAAACCUUAUGAAGGACAAGGAUAUGGUAGUACGAAUCAAAACUACGGCGCAGAUCUAGGUUUAUAUGGUUCUAGCAGCAAUGGUUAUGGUAGCGGUCAGCAAACAAACAGGCCAUACGGCGGUAGUCAAGGUACAAGUAGUUACUAUGGAAGUAGCCAAGGUUCUUAUUCAGAUAAGUAUGCUAGUCAUCAUGAAUAUGGAAGUAGCAAUCAUCACAAACCAGAUUACAAUGAUGGAUCUUCAAAUGACAAACCAUACACAAGUAGUUCAGGAUAUGGUGGUAGUCAUAGUAACCAAGGUGCAUAUGGUGAAAGUCAUUCUAGUAACAGACCAUACGGGGGUGAUACUUCAAGCAGUAGUUACGGAUCAAGUAAACCACAAGGCAGUAAUUCUGUGUAUGGAAAUAAUAACAAAAAACCCUCAGAAGGUACCUCUUACGGAGAUGGAUACGAAAGUUCUAGUGGAUACAAUAGCAACCAAGCUUCAUAUGGCGGUAGUCAAUAUGGAAGUAGUCAAGGAUAUGGUGGUCAAAACACUUAUGAAGGUAAUUCGUAUGGAGGAAGCCAUUCUAAUAAGCCUUAUGGUGGUAGUUCUUCAAAUAAGCCUUAUGGAUCAAACGAAGGAUCCAACGGUUACGGUACUACCAGUGGUGGUUACGGUAGUUCUGGUUACGACAACUCGGCCUACGGAGACCAGUCUUAUAGCUCAGGUUACACUGGUCGUCCGUCAUACAAACCUGGGCGACCUUCAAGUAGCCACUCUUACACCAGUCAACAUAACUCUCAAUAUGAAUCUCAAAGUUCAUUCGAAUCCAGUUCGAGUUAUAACAGACCAAUUGAUAAUGGUGGCUAUCGUAAACCUAGUAACCAAUCAAGUUACGGCGUUGGUUAUGAUCCCGAUAGACCUGAUGUGAAACCAGUUUAUGAAUAUGAGAUAGAUCGACCAGGUGAGAUGCCGAGUUACGGGAAACCUAAUGGGGAUGUCGUUACUACAAGACCUGUGGCUGUUGGUGAUUACGGAGGCAAGCCCCAGUACGGACGAGAUCCUGGCGGAGAAACAUCAUAUAAAGCAUGUUUCCGCCGAGUUCUGGCGGGAAAACGCACCUUAAGGAGUCAUGUCAGACGCGUCGUGAACUGCGAGCGGCUGGAGGAUUGUCAGAGAGAAUGCGCCAUCGAGAGACGUUUCCACUGCGAGAGCUUUAAUUACAGAUUGGAUCCAGCUUUCCGUGGUAAAGGUCUGUGCGAGUUAAUGACAAAACCAAUCGAAGCCUUCGAUCUUCAACGAGACUUUGUUGAAGACAAAGAUUAUGAUUUCUACGAACUAGAUCGGAAUAGCUUGGAACCUAACUGCCCAGAUACUCUCAGAGGCCCGGGUCUUUUACAUUCGGGUUUUUUAUCCAAUAAGAGGCCUGGCCAGGAUGUUGAUAGAUGGAAAGAUAGAAUAGACUGGUACGAUCGAAGUUCUCAAAGUGAAUAUGAAAGACAUUACAACGAAAGGAGAAGAGUAGUUAAUUCUAAUAGAAGAUAUCAAAACGAGGUUUAUGUACCUUACCAGAUAGGAGUAAGUCGCAGUGAAGAACCUGAAAGUUGGGGACAACAUAACGGAGCCUACGGAGGACAUAAUUACUAUAAAGAUAAAACCGACUAUAGAAAAUCAUACAACCAUUGGCAAAUAUCAGACGAAGCUCACCGGUCAAAUUACUACGGUGUUAAAUCCCAUAGCGUUAACUCUGAUUUCAAUUAUAACAAUUUAUGGAAAAACAGUGGUUGGGAGAAUCAUGGUUACGGAUAUGGUGCUUGGAAAAGAGGAAGAUGGAAUAAUUCAUGGAACGGCUAUGACUAUGGAGAAGCGGGGCAUUACAAACAUAAUAAUCCUCCUGUUUAUUACGAGUUGGAUAGAAUAGACGGACCACCAGCUAAAGAUUGUUCGUCACGGCGUCGUCCUGGGAUGUCACUAGGUUCCGGCGCGAUUAGAAGAUCUCUGUUUGCUCGUAACGUGGUCGAAUGUGAAGCCGCUUGUUUUGGGGAAAAGGAAUUUAAAUGUGUUUCCUACAGUUAUAGAUAUUCAAGCGGCCGUGGUUCUGAUAAUUGUUUCCUGAGUGAGCGUCCCUACAGAGGUCUGGACAUGUCAGCUGAUAGCGACUCGGAUGUGUACGCUAUGCCGCAGGAUCAGGGUUGUGCUACUGUUAGCAGGACGCCUUGGGUGGAGAGCGAGUGUUUCUGGCACGUGCGGUCUGACUCGGCCGUGUCAGGCAGUGCGGCGCGCACUUCGCUCACGGUGACGGGGCUGGGCGCCUGCGAAGCGGAGUGUAUUCGUGCGCAUGCCUUCUUUUGCAGAGGUUUUAGCUUCAGAUUCGAUUCUCCAACGAUAGGGGAUGAUUUGGAGAAUUGUAUUUUGACGUCAUCCCCGCCUACGUCAUUGGAGAUUGGGCACGGACUGCGCACUACGUCGGGACACGAACUAUACGCCAGGGGGAACUACGGCCGCGGGUGCGAACCCGCUCUUUAUGAUGAUGUGCAGCAUAAAGAUACUGAGUGUUUCUUAAAGUACGACAACGCCGCCAAGCUGAAGGGCACGGCGGUGCGCGGUCUGGCGAGAGUGAAAGAAAACAAAUCGCCACAAGGGAGAGACAAUUGCCUUCUAUCAGAGGUCCGUUUGUUCGACUUGCAACGUGGUGUUGACUACGAGCCUUCCGCAGACGACUGGCUGUUUGCCUUCGACCUGUUCAACGGACGGUGCUGGAGGAAGGCUCAUGGGAAACAGGAAUACGACAUUCUAAGUUCCGAAUUGCCGCACCCAAUUCCUCCAUCAGCAUACCCACCGUCUGGUCCAACCGGUGAUGAUCAUUCAGGACCUUCAGGCCCAUCAUAUUCAUCUCCUUCAGGUCCCAGCGGGCCCGAUUUUAAACCCGGAUAUUCGUCAGGACCAGACACACCAAUUAAACCUGGUUAUACCGCACCUUCUGGCCCUGGACAUAAGCCGAGCUCUCCAGGAUAUGUGCCUGAUACAGCUCCUUCUGGACCAAGUGGACCCGAUUAUAAACCUUACAUACCUUCUAGUCCCGGUUAUAUAGAACCUAGUGCUCCCACAUUCAAACCGGGCUAUCCACCUCCCUCCUUUAAACCUGUACUACCUUUACCGCCUCGCAAACCUAUACCUCCGCCUAGCGGUCCUGAUUAUAGGCCGGGUUAUCCAUCCCCUAGCGGACCUGAAUAUAAACCCGGAUAUCGGCCUGUUGAACCGAGUAGACCGUACCCGCCAUUACCACCUAAACCGGAUUAUCGACCUGGUGGCAGUAGACCGGGAUACGAAGGUGACAGGGAGGAGAAUGGAUCACUACUUAUGUCGUGGCGUCAGUACACUGUGUCAGGGUUCCCUUGUCGUAGAGGCACAAGCUGUGCACAGAACCAUGUCGCUGGCCAUUGGGCGUGUGAACCCGAGGGCGGGGAAAUUGGGUCUUGGGACUACUGUUGCGCCCCGACUCACCGCUGUGGGUACAGUGAAGGAUUCCAAAAGCCAUGGUGCUACGUCGGCCCCACACACGAGCAAUGGCGACCGUGUAGUGAGAAAUACUAUCCGUAUUUCAAACAUAAAGUUCCUCAUCCCUCGCAAGGACAAAGAGAACCGAGUUCUUCACAAGUUUCGGGACAAUGGCGUGAUAAAUCCGGCAACGUACCUCAAGGAGGAGAAAGACCCGGACCUUAUCUAGCAGAUACCGAUAAAAAUUAUUGGGAUGAUCUGUAUAAGAACGGACCAAGAGCUUAUUAUGAUAAACAUGGAAAUCCAUUACCAGGUUACACUCGCGUGGCAACAGAAGAAAGGCCCAGAAUAAGAUAUCAUCACAACCAACCUCAACCAGGUAGUGGAACUUGGGUGCCCGUUCCAGACUUCGGUGGUUUUGACAACCGUGUAGUCCCUGAACCACUUGGAGCUCCUAGAUACUGGCCUGUAGCUUAUCUUCAUAAAGGACCUCCGCCUAAUAUGACGUAUUUCAGAUAUAAUGAAACUGAUCAUACUUCACAUGAUAGAGCUCAGUCUCGUGAUAUCGAAGACGGUAUAGCUCUACCAACAGAGCGGUCAUUAAACGAGUUCAAAAGAGUUGACGUCAUCAGACCUAAAGGUACUGAUAUAGAAGGCAGGAAAAUAAGAGAUGGUCCAACAGAUAAUAAAACAAAUCUAGACGAAGAUUUCUUAAAAUUAGACAAUGACACUACUACAAGCACAACAACAACAACAACGACCACAACUACAACCACUACAACUCCUAAAAGUAUUUCUUAUAAAUCAAAUAAUGAUAGUGAGGUUAUCAAAAACUUAACAAAUACUAAUACAACAGAGAUUCAAAUAAGUAAACCAAAUCAGACCGUAUCUACAUUGGAUAUAAAUGAUGAAUUUGAUAAACUUAAAGGCAUUGAUGGCAAAUUAGAGGAUUUCUCCAAAUCAAUUGAAGUUUUUGAACUAGACGAUAGAACUAAGUGUGAUAAAGAAACCGAUUUCAAAACUUUAGAAGCGGAAGAAAGACAGAUCGAAGCGAUUGGAAGACUAGUAGCAUCCAGACGUGGUGGAAAGCUGAUCCUUGAGAAACGAUCGCAAAAAGAUUUGGAAAGCAAAAAUAUCGCUGUAGAUAAAGAUUUAUUGGAUUUUAACUUCGGAAAUAAAUUUCCAACAACCGAAAGGCGCGGUAUCAUACAAAGAGUAAGUAAAGAUGAAAUAGACAAGGAAAGAUUUUCUAAUGACAAAAGUUUAGAAGUCAGUGAAACAACUUUUGUAAGGCCUCCUAGAAUUCUUAGUACAACUGAAAACAUACGAAAGGCCAUUGUUAAUGGAAAAGUAUUUUACGACGCAACUAUAAGGGAACAAAGAGAUUUAGUAACUAAUGUGACAAGAAAAGCUAAGAGCCUAAAAUUGGAUGAAGCUAGGGGUCCGUCUGUUAUAUCUAGUAAUUUAAAUACUAAAAGAAAAACUAUACAACCAAGAAAUGUUAAUCCAAUUAGAAAAGUAAGACGAGUCUUUAGAAAGAGGUAUAAUCCAGAAGAAGUUAGAAAACGGUUAUUAGAAAGAGAAAAGAACGUAAAAUCUCCAGAUAAUAAACCAAAAGUAGAAGAAAAUAUUAAAACAUAAAUUUACAUUCUCAUUUUCGAUAAAGGUUACCAAUUAUUUAAGAAUUAAUCGUUUAUUAAGAUAAAAGUUGAAUGAAAUGAGUACGAAUAAAUUCGUUAAGUUUUAUUACGUUAGAUUCUCUUGUAUCUUUCGGUUGACAAAAUCCGGGGAAUACUAGAUUUUAUGUGUAUGGUGCUUAUUAAAUUGUCAGUUUGACCUCAAAUGUAUUACUUUUGAGUUGAACUGACGAUGCUUUUAUUUUUAAGGUAUUCAUAUUAAUUUAAGAUUUCUUUUUUUACAACUACGAUAUAGACUAGACAGUAAUUUAUGUUGAAAUUGAUUUGUACUUUAACGUACUGAUAACAAGCGAUACAAUCCUUUAAAAAUGAACAAGUAGCCAUUUAUUUUUGUAUAAAUAAUACAAU